GGGGGCGGGGCCAGUGAGCUACAGAGGCGCCGCCAUUUUGUGAGGCGGGCUGCUGCUGCUGCUGCUGCUGCGUCGGGCCGAGGCAGCCGCAUUCGGGGCGAAUCCCCUCCUCAUCCGCUUCUGGCGCCAGCAGGGCAGCUUUGGGCAGAGAUUGCUUAGAUCCACUUCUCGCAAUCUACUGGAAUGGCAGCCACCCAUUGAAGAGCCUGUGUUGGAAGAUUUUCUGAAGCAUUUGCAGUUCAGGGGUAGAAAUGGAAUAUGAAAAAAGAGGUGGUCGUGGUGAUCGGACAGGUCGCUAUGGUGCUGUAGACCAAACCCAGGAUGAGGGUUCAGAAGGCCGGAACCAGAGGGACCACGACUAUAGAGAUAUGGAUUAUCGAGCCUACAUGCGAGAUUUCAGCAACCAGGAAUCUGCCAAUGACUAUGAUGAUUCCUCUGAGGAACACAGUGUGGAGGAUUCCUAUGAGGCCUCCUCUGGAUCUGAGACGCAGCGUAGAAAACGGGACAGCCCCAGUGAUCACCUAGGAUUUCCUGGUGAUGGCGACUAUCGGGACCAGGACUACAGAACUGAGCAAGAUGAGGAAGAACAGAAGGCUAGCAGUAUCAUCAUGCUGAGAAUGCUGCCUCAAUCUGCUACUGAGAAUGAUAUCCGGGCUCAGCUGCAGGCACAUGGAUUCCAGCCUCGGGAGGUGCGACUGAUGCGGAAUAAAGCUUCAGGUCAGAGCCGGGGCUUCGCCUUCGUCGAGUUUAAUCACUUGCAGGACGCUACACGAUGGAUGGAAGCCAAUCAGCAUUCUCUCACCAUCCUUGGCCAGAAAGUUUCCAUGCACUACAGUGAUCCUAAACCCAAGAUCAAUGAGGACUGGCUCUGCAGCAAGUGUGGAGUACAGAACUUCAAACGCAGAGAGAAGUGCUUCAAAUGUGGCAUUCCCAGAUCUGAAGCUGAGCAGAAGCUUCCUCCUGGUAGUCGCUUGGACCAGCUGGUGGCUCUGUCAGGGCGUGAACUCAGUCAAGGCCUUCUGCCCCUCCCACAGCCAUACCAGGUGUCAGCAGCCCUCUCUACUCAGCCUAUGGCCCAGAUGUCUGAACCCUGUGCAGAGAAUGCUAAUGACACCAUCAUCUUACGAAACCUGAAUCCACAUAGUACGAUGGACUCCAUUUUAAGUGCCUUGGCGCCAUAUGCCGUUCUCUCCUCCUCAAAUGUCCGUGUAAUCAAAGACAAACAGACACAGCUUAACCGUGGUUUUGCUUUCAUUCAGCUCUCCACCAUUGUGGAGGCAGCUCAGUUGCUGCAGAUCCUUCAGGCCCUGCAUCCCCCUCUGAACAUUGACGGCAAGACAAUUAAUGUGGAGUUUGCCAAAGGUUCCAAACGGGACAUGAGUUCAUCAGAUGGAAACCGCAUCAGUGCAGCUUCUGUUGCCAGCACUGCCAUUGCAGCUGCACAGUGGGCUAUCUCACAGGCAUCGCAGGGUGGUGAGGCAGCCUGGGCUGCUCAGGAUGAGCAUUCAUUGGAUUAUAGUUACUACCAGCAGGAUGAGGCCUACGGUGCUCAAGGUUUGGAGGCUGCAAUGUACUCGCAAGCAUAUUUGAAAGGCUCACAAUCACAGACUGGCACGACAGGGGGAGCAGCUGUUGGGAAGUCUGACAAGAUUCACAGUGAGGGUUCAGUGGCAGUAGCUGAGGCAUCACUGGAGCCUGGUGUACCAGGUAUAGACCCUGUGCCUGUCCUACCAACUUUCCCACGAAGCACCCAGGCCACCGCUGUACCAGUCACAUAUCAGCCAGCUGGCAGCACUGAAGGGGCAAGUUCUGUCCAGGGAAAUACUACCGCUCAGUCAUAUACCAUAGUUUCACCAGCUGUGCUGAAGCCUGAUGUGCCUAAUGCUGCUCAGACCACCAGUGCAACUGCGGGUGUAUCCAUAAGCACUUCCAAUUUGCCAGUUACCAGCACUGUAGGGCAAGAACCUUAUACACAAUACCCUGUCCCAGAUGUCUCUACCUAUCAGUAUGAUGAAAGUUCUGGCUACUACUAUGAUCCUCUGACUGGCCUCUACUAUGACCCUAAUUCCCAGUAUUACUACAAUGCCCAGACUCAGCAGUACUUAUAUUGGGAAGGUGAGAGACGAACCUAUGUCCCAGCAUCAGACCAGGCAUCAGAUAGCCACAAAGAUGGCAGCAUUUCAGGGAGUGGCAGCGGCAAAGAGGGGAAAGAAAAGAAGGAGAAACAUAAAACAAAAACAGCCCAACAGAUUGCAAAGGAUAUGGAGCGCUGGGCCCGGAGUCUUAAUAAGCAGAAGGAGAACUUCAAGAACAGCUUCCAGCCAGUCUCCUCCAUACGAGAGGAUGAAAGGCGGGAAUCAGCCACAGCUGAUGCUGGUUAUGCCAUCCUUGAGAAAAAGGGGGCCUUGGCUGAAAGGCAGCAUGGUGGCAUGGAUCUCUCCAAGCUCACUGGUGAUGACAGACUGAGUCCACCAAGAGGAUUAGUGGCUGCUUACAGUGGAGAGAGUGACAGUGAGGAGGAGCAGGAGAAGACUGCUGAUAGGGAGGAGAAGUUGACUGAUUGGCACAAACUGGCCUGUUUACUUUGUCGUAGACAGUUCCCCAGCAAGGAAGCACUUAUUCGUCACCAGCAGCUCUCAGGAUUACACAAGCAAAAUUUGGAAAUCCAUCGGCGAGCACACUUGUCAGAGCAAGAGCUUGAGGCACUUGAGAAAAAUGACAUAGAGCAGAUGAAAUACCGAGAUCGUGCAGCUGAGCGCAGGGAGAAGUAUGGUGUCCCUGAGCCACCUGAGCCCAAGAAAAGGAAGUAUUCAGCUGUCAUGCCAGCUACUGUGGAUUUUGAACAACCAACACAGGAUGGACUUGGCAGUGACAAUAUUGGCAGCCGCAUGCUACAGGCCAUGGGCUGGAAAGAAGGCAGUGGGCUGGGUCGCAAGAAACAGGGUAUUGUGGCCCCUAUUGAGGCCCCAACACGGGUCCGUGGGUCUGGCCUGGGUGCACGUGGCAGCUCUUAUGGGGCUGUAGCAUCAGAGUCCUACCGUGAGACAUUACACAAAACAAUGGUUACACGUUUCAAUGAGACAGACUGAGUUCUUUGAGGAGCACACACCUGUAUAGUAUUUUGCUGCUGUGUCCUUCUACCCACCCCACUGCCCAACUUUCACACAUUGUUUCUUUGGUUGACUUUUUUUUUUUAAUUAAAUGUUAAAAUGGAAAA